CCUCUGUCAUGCGUUACACCACUGUCGUAAAACGUCUCUGUAUGCUGUUGCAAUGGCGUUUGCUGCGACAGCACUUUGCGGCAGCAGGGAAACCGAGGAGAAAGCAGCGACAAACGUCGCCAGCGGAUACGCUAUCGCCUCAAAAAUCCUCGGAUUUACGCAAUAUUCGGUGAACUAACUUGUAUAUUGUUUGUAUAUCCCUUCGCCUUGUGGAUGAGAUUGUAUUCGAAGUUUUUCAAGCGUGAAUCUCCACCUUAAUGCGGUGGGAUGGCCACAGUGCCGCCUGGGCCUAGUAGCGCACUGCCUGCAUCCCCGGCUGAAAUUCCUCCUUUCCCCGGGGCUGGAAGCGCGGAGCCGGCGGGGGGAGACGGAGAGGCGGUCUGCCACAGGGAGGACUGUGUACCCACCGCUACAGGGAAGACGUCUCAGCCGGUAAGCGAAGUGAAAAGGUCGGUAAAGAAGAAGCAGAAAAACAUGCUAACGCGAGCUAGCCCGGCGGCGUUGCACCUUAAAAUGCAAGCGCGAGAGCAGCAGCAGCUAAACGGCUUGGUCAGCCCCUCAGAGGACGCUAACAGCCACCAACACACAGGAAACCGACCUGACAAUCCGAGACCGUCCGUGGACAACUGUGACAGCAGCAGCAGCGGCAGCAGUGAGGGGGCUCCGGCCGCUAGAAACAAUAAUGAGCAUUGCCAACACGAAGGCCACAGCCCCUUCUCCAAAAACGGCAGUCACUCUCCCCUGGUUAACAAUAGCGUGAACGGGAUGCCGGGUUACACAAGAACUGAGGCGGCCCACAGCCACCUUGGGGACGAAGGGAAAGAGGAGUUUGACCACACGGAGCCGCCGAGACCGCCGAGCGACGAGCCGCCGGACGCUGCCGGGCCCGGCGAAGAGGACAACCCUGCUGACCCGGAGCAGCAGCAGCCGCCAGCCGCAGAGCUGGCCCGGCUCGACCUGAACAGCUCCCCGGGGCGAGCGGAAGAGGAGAGUCACGGCAUCCGAUAUGUCCGUUAUGAGUCGGAGCUGCAGAUGCCGUGGAUCAUGAGAUUGAUCACCAAGGACUUGUCUGAGCCUUAUUCAAUUUAUACGUACAGGUACUUCAUCCACAACUGGCCGCAGCUCUGCUUUCUGGCCAUGGUGGAACAGGAGUGUGUUGGAGCCAUCGUAUGUAAGCUUGACAUGCAUAAGAAGAUGUUCCGUCGUGGCUACAUUGCCAUGCUGGCCGUGGAUUCAAAACACAGAAGGAAAAGCAUCGGUACUAAUCUGGUGAAGAAGGCCAUUUAUGCCAUGGUGGAGGGUGACUGUGACGAGGUUGUAUUGGAGACUGAGAUCACCAACAAAUCAGCCCUGAAGCUGUACGAGAACUUGGGUUUUGUCAGAGACAAGCGACUGUUCAGAUACUACCUGAACGGAGUGGACGCGCUGCGGCUCAAACUGUGGCUCCGCUAAAGGAAAGAAGAGGGGACGGGGGAGGACGGGACAGCGGGUGCUGUUCACCUCCUACAAUAUCAGCUUGACAGCCUCAGCUCUGCCCUGGUCAUUUCACUCUUAUCUACACAAACACACACAUUCACACGCAUUACACACAUUACACACACACACACACACACACACACACACACACACACACACACCUGUGUACAACCAUAAGGAGUAUGCACAUAGGUAUGCAUAGACAUGCAGCCACACCCUCUUUUUGUCCUUGACUUCUGAACAACUGUUUAGGCAGAAACGGACUUAAAUCCCACCUGAUGUUUUCAUGAAGGGGCCCCUGAUACUUUCUGUGACGAGGAAGGGGUGAGUGAGGGCGGUCUCUGGGAUGACCUUGACUAGGGACUAGAUGACCUUUUGACCUUCAAGCAUGGAUGCUGCGAGAGGACCCAGCACCACACCAGAUCCUUCUCCAGAACACAGGACAAAACAGGACUUUAAGAAAACAACACCACAUGAAACAAGGAAGCGGGGCGGUAUAAACAGACUGGGAAGAAAAUAUUUGUGGAGUUUAUUUUUGUGUUUCUUUUUUAACCAUGUAAGUUGGACGGGGGAUGGAACAAGCUAUAGUAUGACUGCGUGUUUGUGCCGCCUCAUGAUUUUUUUUUUUUUUUUUUUUGUAAAGCGAGCGAGUGUUUGGCUUGUUUUUGUGUGCAUGUGUAUGUGGUGUGUUUGAUUUCGCUGUGAGCAAGUGAAGGUGUUUGUGUGACUGUGUGAGCGCAUGCUUGGUUGGAAUUGUACGUACUGUUGUGUGUUUCUGUUUCCCAUCCUGUCCAGUGGGCGCAGCAGCGGCUCCCUGCUGCUGUCUCCAUCACCUGCCUCAGCGUCCAGGACUGAAGCCUGUAAAGAUAUGCAUGCAUUUAUUUUAAUGUGAGUGCGGGAAUAAGCGUGAAGAGUGUGUGUUGAUUAACCAAGUCUGAGGUUAACCCUCCAACCCCUUCCUCUGUUUGGUGUAAGCAUGUUGGUGCAGAGCAGUUGAUCGAAACAAAUCACUCCAUUAGCACCUCAACCUUUGCCCAGCCGGUGGAUCUGCCACCUUUUUUUGCUUCAUUGUCCUUCACUAAAUCUCUCAUUAUCAAACCCUGACAGAAUAUGGGUUUAUUUUUAUCUUCCUAUUUUUGCAAAUCAGAACUUGUUUUCCCCAAAUGCACUGCCAGCCACUGCAAAAUUCCCAAAAAGGAGAAAAUGAAGUCUUUCAAAGACAUUUCUUGCCAAUGAUGGUGCAGUCGAACUUUCCUACCCGUCUCGGUUUACUCCUUUAUAUUAUUUGUCAGAUUCUCCUCAUUGCAAGUGCCACUCAAUCCAUCAGAGCUCUCAGCCACAACUGCAGUGAUGUGCCUGCUAACAGGCGACACACCGCAGCCUUGGCACACUUCUGGUCUGCCACUCAGCACCAGACCGGAGGCAAAGUGUUACAUAUGCUGGAUUCCUGUUUGAGUAUGCUGUGUGCGUGUGUGUGUGUGUGUUUAUCUCUCGAUAAAAAAGGAAAAUAGACAAGUAUUCUUAGCAGAUUAUAUUUUAUUCUUUUGUUUGCUUUCAGUUCAUCUAGAUAUACUACUAUACACCUGUAUAACCUCACGCUGCGGUAAGCGGCUGAGUCCACAAUGCACUUCCCAGGUGCCCUGACUCGAUGCACAACCAACCUCGCUAACAUUUUAAGAUCUGCAGCCCAGAACACGUCACAGAGGCACCUGGACGUUUCAAUCCACACUAAAUAUGGCAAAGAAAGUUUGCUUCAGUCGCUCUUUUUUUUUUCUUUUUUUCUUAAAAGUAAAAUGAACAAAGAUCAGAUGCACUUCUUUGGAAAUUGCUGCAGUGUGUAUGUAUACGUAUGAAUGUGUCUGUGCGUGUUGUGUUAUUUUGACAACGGUGUGGAUCUGUUCUGAUAGACUUAUAUUUCUCUACUUUCAGAGGCCCCCGCACAUAAAAAUCAGAGCCUUUUAUGGUGCUGUGUUUUGUUCCAGCCUAAUGAGGACAACAGGACUUGUUAGUAAUAGGAGGGAACAAAAGCGCACGUUUUUUUUAAUUUUUUUUAUGUCCUUUUUUGUUUUUGUAGCUUUCCAGGAUUCGAGUUAGUGCUCAGUGUUAUACAGACGGCAGGAGACAGAGUAGUUCAUAGUUAAAGGGGAAUAAACCUUAAAUCAGCUUGGACUCUUUUCAAAGUCAAACAGAAUGUUUUUGUUUUCCUUGUAGUGUUUCAAAUUAUGCAAUUCGACAUCUGUGUGCUUUUAUCCAGCCUACAAUAUUCAGAGUAGACAGCACUACCAAGACACUGCCAUGUGGCACAACUGAAAAUCAGACUACAAUCUGCUACAAAUCUUGACUACACAACAAACAAAAGUCUCCAGCUUUAUGAUGAAUGAUUUAAGGACAGAUGAGCUAGUCUCUAUGAAUGACACUACAAGACCUUGUUCAUGUUUUGGGUUUAUUUCCCCUUUCAGCUGAGACAUUUCAUCCCAGGAGGCCAGGACUGGAAGGGAGAGUAGAUGUUUACAGAGUUGCCACCCACAUAACAGCCUGUGUAUGUAAGUUUGUGUCUGUGUGCAUUUGGAACAAUGGAUCAGAUGACCUAUUUUCUUUUUUCUUUUUCUUUUUCUUUUUUUUUUUUUCAGAUUUGUAUACGAGUGUUGUUCUAUUCAUGGGAUAUAUUGAGAGCAUGUUUUCUUUGGUGAAUCAUCUUUUGGGAAAGGGGGCGAUUUGGGUUGAUUUAUCGGAUUUGAGUUUUUAUUUUUAAUUUCUGUGCUACUUUAGCCCAUCCAGAAAUGUAACAAGACUGAUGAGCAUAUGAAAACCACCUAGACCUUGAACGCCAAUUAUUUCCUUUGCUGCUCGUCUUACACCAUUUAGGUUUCAGUGAUUACCCUGUACAAACUCCUGAUUUAUUCUGGAGGUUUAAAUCUUCUGUUCCUGUCGACACUUGUUUCCACAUUCUUCUGUGUCCUCUCACUGUCCCGGCUUUUUCUUCUUUUACACUGACUACUGAUGGAUGAACAGACUGGAUUUGUUACACGAUAACAAAUUAACCCAUUUUGUUCUUUCAGCAUGAAGGUGUCUUUAGAUUUGGAAGGAAAAGGGUCUGUUAACUUCUUUUCGUUUAAAUCCUGUGAAACUCUGGCAGUUCCAUUAGGUAUAUGGGCAUUACAGCCUGCCACAAUGAGCCAAAGGGCUCCGUUUAGGUCAUCACAGACUGAAGGGCUUUGUCAUCAAUAUCAGUUUGCAGCCUUGGCUUGUGGUGCAUAGUUUUACCCAGCGCUCUCUGACAAUGUCUUCUCUGCAUCCGGAAUCAAUUUUGAUUUGACAUGCCAGUUCAGUGUUCACAGAUCGUCAGAAGCAUUUUUUUCCCUUGGCCCUGGACGUCCACCGUGUUAUCCAGGUUGCUCGUCCUAACAGUCCCAGCCCCACUUCUAUGUCCUCACACAAGGCCACAUCUGCUGUUCUACAUAUACAAUUAUAAAUUCCCCCAGAAACCAGAUUGUUGGUCAGAUAAUUAACAUUUGUAUUGGUAGUCAUACUGCGCCACAAAUUGCUAUGGUCCCCACAACCAACCACAGGGGUUUCCUGCAGUCUUUUCAGGGUGGCCAGCACCACCUCCACCGCCAUCCAUGACGUGUGCAAAGGGGAGAGUAAAAGGUUUUUUUGCAUGUCGGAUUUCUGUUUCCCCUGUUCCUCUUCCCUGUCCCCUCUCUUGAUUUUGAUCUGGAAAUGUCCGAUAGCUUUUAUUUAAUGUGGAAAAAGAACACAGAAAUAAAUUAUUUGAUUUUUUUAAUGCUGUAAACUGG